UUGACAAUGCGUUGGUUUCUUUCCCCUUACUCAUAAUACCCUGACAAUGGCAACAACAUGGAAAGAUUUUCUUGAUCAGACCGAAAAGCCAGAUAAGUUUGACGAGAAAUCGAAAGACAUAGUCGACUUUGUGAAUUUCCAACUGCGUUCAAAACGCCACAUUGUUCUUGUCACAAGUGGUGGAACAACUGUACCACUAGAGAGUAAAACUGUGCGUUUCCUUGACAACUUCAGUGUGGGAACCAGAGGUGCCUUAUCUACAGAGUAUUUUCUAAAGAGAGGUUAUGCUGUGAUAUUCCUAACAAGAAACAGAGGGUUACGUCCAUUUUUAAGACAUGUGCCAAAAACAAAUAUUUUAGACUUGCUAACAAUAACAGACAACAAAGAUGUAAAAGUCAAACCAGAAUAUGAACCAAAAAUUCUACAAGUUUUACAGACUUAUCAGGAAAUAAAGAAUGAUAAUUUAUUACUGACCGUAGAGUUUCAGACAUUAAGUGACUAUCUACAGUUAUUAAAAGCAUGUUCCUUUGCUCUUCAAGCAGCAGGAAACCAGGCUGUACUGUAUUUAGCAGCUGCUGUGUCAGACUUCUACAUCCCAAAAGAUUUAAUGCCAGAACAUAAAAUUCAGUCAUCAGGUGGUCCAUUGAAGUUAUCACUACAACUGGUUCCUAAAAUGUUGGAACCAUUAGUCAAAGAAUGGGUACCAGAUGCUUUUGUUGUUAGCUUUAAGCUUGAAACAGACAAAGAUUUAUUGAUAUCCAAAGCAUUACAAGCCAUAGACAAAUAUCAACACCAGAUAGUCAUUGCAAAUUUAUUAGAAACAAGAAAGAAAGAGAUUUUUGUUGUUACCAGGGAAACACAGGAUUGUGUAUCACUAUCAGAUGCAGACAUUAAAAAUGGGAAAGAAAUUGAAGAACUCAUUAUUGAUUGUCUCGUUGAACGCCAUUGUCAGUUUUGUUCUAUAGAGAAAGUAUGAUGUUCAAGUGCUCGAGGUUAACUCCAUCAUUUAUAUCUAGAAAUUUAUAGAUGAAAAAAUAUACAUAUAAUCAGAUUUUGGUAGAAUAGAAACAAAAAUUCCUACAAAAUACCUACUAAGACUCAUAUAAUGUUAGUCUACACUAUCAAAAGAAUGUCUAAUUUAUGCAAGUAUCUUUUAAGUCAUUCUCAUCAUUGUCAUUUUAGAAUAACUGUGGAUACACUAUUUUAUGUGCAAUACACUUGUUUCUAAAGGUGAACCACUAAUCUUUAUGUUUAAAUAAAUACAAAAUUUCUGUAGGCUUGUAUUCAGAAUUUGGCAAAUCCAUGAAAUUGAAGAUUUGGUACCAACAAAAUUA